CGCCGUCAGGAAACAGAUCGAGAAUUUUGUUCCUCUUGUUCCUUACCGCGCAAGAAGAUUUUCUUGGACGCGAUUUUGAACGGUGGACACGCUGGACGCGGAGCAGGAUCCACGCAGGAGGCACGAACCGGACACCGUAUACUUCAUUUGCGGCUUUAACACGAUGGAGCCAGCCUUCGGUGAGGUGAACCAACUCGGUGGUGUUUUCGUGAACGGCAGGCCGCUCCCCAACGCCAUCCGGCUCAGGAUAGUGGAGCUGGCCCAGCUCGGGAUCCGACCCUGUGACAUCAGCAGGCAGCUGCGCGUCUCCCACGGCUGCGUCAGCAAGAUCCUGGCCCGCUACAACGAGACCGGCUCCAUCCUCCCGGGGGCCAUCGGAGGCAGCAAGCCGCGGGUCACCACACCCACUGUGGUCAAGCACAUACGGACAUACAAGCAGAGAGACCCGGGGAUUUUUGCCUGGGAGAUCCGGGACAGGCUACUCGCCGACGGGGUUUGCGACAAGUUCAAUCUGCCCUCCGUCAGCUCCAUCAGUCGGAUCCUCCGCAACAAGAUCGGGAAUCUGUCCCAGCAGAGUCAGUAUGAGUCGGGCAAGCAGGCGCCUCACCCACCACCACAACCAACGUUACCCUACAACCACUUAUACUCAUACCCGACAUCCAAAGUGCCCACUCCCCCUGGCAUGCCCACCCUUCCCGGACACAUGGCCAUGCACAGGAUAUGGCCUUCCUCGCACUCUGUAACAGAUAUUCUGGGGAUACGGUCAAUUACAGAGCAACAAAUUAGUGACAGUCCAUCGUUUUCCAGCGCCAAACUAGAAGAAUGGAGCGCUAUUAACAGGACUAAUUUCCCACCAGCAAGCUCUCCACUAGUCAGUGGCGUGGAUAAACCGCAUUUAGAACCUGAAGCAAAAUACACACAGACGCCGAAUGGAUUGCCCACAGUGAACAGCUAUGUCACAGCACCCAGCAUCCCUCCCUACCACCCUCCCACCCAAGUGUCACCUUACAUGGGGUACAGCGCCACCACCUCGGCCUAUGUGACCGGACCCACAUGGCAGCCGGCCAGUGGCAGUGCUCUAUCUCACCACAGCUGUGACAUUGCCACCCCUCUAGCCUUCAAGAGUAUGACAGCCAACCGUGACACCAUCCACCCAGUCGCUGCCUCGGUGCUGUGAAGUCAGCUCGCAAAGACUGAUGGGAGAAAGGAGGGGGAGGGAGUGAGACAUCAGGACAGGAGACACAAAGUCUGUCCCCUAUGGUUUCAUUUCAUUUCCGGACUCGGCCCCAGGACCCAUAUUUGUGCCAUUCUAUAUGUGACCCCGUCUCCUCCUCCUCCAUGCUACACGAGGAAUAAACAGUCUGUCAAUUUUUACUACAAACUUGUUAUCUGAAAGAACUUGCAGGACAGGUGUACUGAAGGACUGAUGUAUGGCUGCUACUCCAUCCAUCAACACAACUCCUCUCAGAUUCUUUACUGCACACUUCUGCAAAUGUCUUUGGGCAAAAUGGGGUAAUGUAUAACUUCAUGAAUAAGCAAUCAAAGAAGAGGGGGUAAAUUUGCAUUAGUGUUUCAGGGUGCUUAUUAAUUGCUAUUGUUUUUAUAUGUUUGUAUGCUUUUUUGUGUUGUUGUUUAUGUUUUGAUAAAAGUUAACUGUCUUAUGGAGCAUUGCUUUCCCACUUCUCAAAAAAUGUAGCCUAUGCAAGAGCUCCAGAGAGAAGUUUAUUUAUUAGAUUAAGGUACGCUGAAUGAAGUGCAAUGAGCCUCACAGACAGCAUGGGAAUCUCCACGCACGUUCAGACAAAAUUGGCAUUGGUCUUAUGUUGGAGUGUAGAGCAUUAACAAUUGACAAAUGUUGCACAAUGAAAUUGAAUGUAUCUUAUUAAAUUGUUUGGCUGUUA